AAAACGGAGCGCGGGUCUGCAGCAGCUGCUAUUCCAGCCCGGCGCUGCUCACACACUCUGCCUCCGUCUCCGUCUCCGUCUCCGUCUCCGUCUCAGACCACCGGCCGUCCCCGUCUCCGUCUGCCUCUCCCAGCCCACACCCGCAGCAGCCAUGGAGGCCAUCAAGAAGAAGAUGCAGAUGCUGAAGCUGGAUAAGGAGAACGCCAUCGACCGCGCGGAGCAGGCCGAGGUGGACAAGAAGGGAGCCGAGGACAAAUGCAAACAGCUGGAGGAGGAGCUGCUGGGUCUGCAGAAGAAGCUGAAGGGAGUGGAAGAUGAGCUGGACAAAUACUCCGAGUCGCUGAAAGAUGCCCAGGAGAAGCUGGAGCAGGCCGAGAAAAAGGCCACAGACGCUGAGGCUGAAGUAGCAUCUCUAAACAGGCGCAUCCAGCUGGUGGAGGAGGAGCUGGACCGAGCUCAGGAGAGGCUGGCCACGGCGCUGCAGAAGCUGGAGGAGGCCGAGAAGGCUGCAGACGAGAGCGAGAGAGGAAUGAAGGUCAUAGAAAACAGAGCGUCGAAAGAUGAGGAGAAGAUGGAGAUCCAGGAGAUGCAGCUGAAAGAGGCCAAGCACAUCGCUGAGGAGGCCGACCGCAAAUAUGAAGAGGUUGCUCGUAAGCUGGUGAUCCUGGAGGGCGAUCUGGAGCGCUCGGAGGAGCGUGCCGAGGUGGCCGAGGCGCGGGUCAGGGAGCUGGAGGAGGAGCUCAAACUCAUGGACCAGAAUUUGAAGUCCAUGAUGUGCAGCGAGGAAGAGUACUCACAGAAAGAGGACAAAUACGAAGAAGAGAUCAGAGUUCUCACCGACAAACUGAAGGAGGCUGAGACUCGUGCAGAGUUUGCUGAGCGGUCUGUGGCCAAGCUGGAGAAGACCAUCGAUGACCUGGAAGAGAAACUGGCUCAGGCCAAAGAAGAGAACCUGGACAUGCAUCAGGUGUUGGACCAAACCCUUCUGGAGAUCAACAUGCUAUAGAGCCGGAAGCUCCCAGACUCCAGCCUGACCGCUGACCCUCCGCCCCGCCAUCCGUCACCCACAACAGAAACGUUACAUCUGAGCUCAGCACCUUGCUGCCCGCAGUAAAAUGUCUGAUCGUUCAUUAUUUCUGAAUAAUUCCCAUCAGUGUGGUGCAGAUCACUUGUAGGUUAUUACAUUAGAGGUGUCACUAACAUGGAGAUCACGGAACACUGUCAGAGUUCAGUUCUUUUAUUUUGGAGGGGUCAAUAAAAUGUCAAACUGUUCUGAGAAGCUGAAAUAAAUGCGGUGCUGGGAAC